AUGUCAGAAGGUAACCAAGACACUACAGACAUUAACAAGAGGGAACCCUCUGCAGCGGGGGAAGAACCUCCUACCAAGAAAACAAGGUUGGAAGACUCUUCAGUUGCUGAUCCAACAACAAAUCAGACUAUCAUCUCAUCUCCAAAUAUUCCAGUCACUAAUUCAGCCAGCGUUACCCAAAGUAUGAUCAUUACAUCACAAUCUCCUCCAGCAUCAAGUAUGCCACCAGUUGCCAACUCAGCAAAUACAUCUCUGGCAGCUGCUACUGCUAAUUUCAAUGUAACUCCUCUUGCAAAACCUUUGGUGACUCCAAAUAGUGGUCCAAAUAACAUCACUACCUCAUUACCACCAUUAACACCCUUACCUGAAGUCAAAAAAAUAAAUCGUUUAGUUCUCCUCCACGAUAAACCAAAGUAUUAUCAUACUAUUAUGCAAUUAAAGAGCCUUCGUGAAUUACCAAACAAUUUUGUCACCGUAUUAGAAAUUGGUACUAUUGAUAAGGUCUUGAAAGAAACUACCAUUUCAGCAGUCAAAUUCGAUCAUUUCCAUAUGAAUAUCGAAUAUAAUGAACAUUUCCAAGCCAAUUUAAACAAAUUCAUUGCUUUUUUAAAGAAGAAUCAAAAAAUGAUUGAUGAAGUUGGUGAUCUUGCUUAUCAUAUUCAUUUCGAACCAGGUAAAAAAUGGGUAGAAUACAAGCGUAGUGAAGUUAAAGCUUAUUAUAAUUUCUUGGAUGCAAUUAGAGAUGCGGGUGCUGAUAAAGUUGUCCAAUGUUCGAUUGUGAAUAAAUAUGAUAUGGAUACCGUAUAUAUGACUGAAAAAGAGGAGCUUACCAAAUUGGGUAAUGAAAUUCAACAAGAUAUUGAAUAUUGGAAGAACCUCAAGAUUUUGGAUUAUGGAGAAAGCAGUAUUCGUGUCUUGCCAGGGGUUAAGUUACCAGAUUCGCUUGAAGUAUUAAACAUUGGUGGUGGAUAUGCUUUGGAAACUUUGACUGGAUUCAAAAUGCCACCUAAGCUUAAUACAUUACUAGCUGGUCAAGGCGCUAUUCAUACUAUUGAUAAUGUCGAUUUCCCUUCAAGUUUAGAAAGAUUAUCGAUUGAAGAUAAUAAGAUUUAUUUCUUGAAUUAUGUUGAAUUUCCACCUUCACUUAAACACUUAGAUGUAUCACAAAAUAGAAUCGAAACCUUAAGAGGAGUUGAAUUCCCAAGAGGGCUAGAAUCUUUGAAUCUCGGAUUUAAUCCAAUCGAAAGUAUUAGAGGAAUAAGAUUACCUACUGGAUUAAAAGAGCUUGAAAUCUCAAAUAUUCCAAAUGAAUCAAUGACCGGUGUGAAAUUCCCCGAUCAUUUGGAAGUAUUAAACCUUCAAUCAUCAAUGACUAAUACUAGAGGUUUAAAACUUCCCCAACAUUUGAAAGUCCUUGUAUUGACAGGAAAUGGGGUCAAUAGUAUAAACCCAUUGAAACUACCCAAUACUAUUGAAGUUCUUUAUUUAAAUCAGAAUAAUAUUAAGACUUUGAAUAAAGUACAAUUACCAAGUAGACUUCGAGAAUUAUAUCUUGGUGAAAAUAUGAUUACUACAUUAAAGAAUGUUACUUUUCCAUCUACACUUGAGCUUUUGGAUUUAGAAGGUGAUUCAGAUCAAGCUUUUGCUAGUGAUAAACUUAUUACUACUUUGAAAGAUGUGGUCUUACCUCCAAAUUUAAAGAUUUUGAAAUUGGGUUAUCAUUCAAUCAAAUCAAUUGAAUCUUAUGAAUUUCCAGUAAGUUUAAGGUUUUUGAGUUUGGCUUAUAACGAAUUAAAACAGAUUAGAAAUUUGAAAUUUGGUAAUCACUUAAAGACAUUAGAUCUUAGUGGGAAUCCCGAGCUUUUAAGUCUUGAUAAUGUGAUCAUUCCUGAAUCAGUCACAGAAUUAAGAGUAUCACCACAAUUGAUUGAUAAUUUGCCUGGCUAUGUAAUCGAAAGAGCAAACAGACACAGGCUCAUAAUCAAAAAGUCCGAAGAGCAUCGCAGUUUACCUAUAAUUUAG